AUGCCCAGACCGAGGAAAUCACGGGUUGUGCCGUCGCAGCCUACAGCCAACAGCUCCUCCGCCACACCACCCGUCGUCACUAAACCGACUGCCACAGACCCCAGCAGCGAUAUCUACGAUGUUAGCGAUCGAGAGAAGGAACGCGCUAAGCAGCGCGCCGCUGCCGUGGCAGCAGCCCAACGACACAUGAAUCCCGACCAGGCCAAGGAGCUGGAGGACGCGAAACAGAGGCGAGACCAGGCCAUAGACCGGCUGGCCAAUAUGACCUCAACAACCGGUACUGCCGACACCGACCGUAAUCCCGAUGCCGCGACCUCCUAUUCCAGACGUGAGAGAGAGGAGUCCACCCGACCGAGCCCGCGAGCGCCCCGGCGAUUAACAGGCGACACUUCCGGCCUGGAUCUGGAUGAUGAUAUGUUUGACCUCGACGAUAGUCUCGAGGACCCUACGAUUACCGCACAGAAUGCCGGUGGCUACCGGUCCGCCAACACCUCUUCGUUCGAUGUCGGUCUCUUCCAGCGCCACCGUCCACGUCAAAACAGUGUCUCAGGCAGAGACGACGGACCCGUCAGGCCAAGUAGCAGGGGGCCCACUACACCGAGCGUCAUGUCUACACUUAAUCUGGGUCUGUUCAAGCGACGAGCGCGCGAGCCCAGUAUUUUGGGAACGGCACAGAAAGGACGACGACAGAGAUCCCUGUCCGUGACUUCGCAGGUGUCACGCAUCCCCAUGACUGAUGAGGAAGAUCAUAUGGAUGUGGAUCGAGAAGCGGCUAUUGAAGACGAAGAUUCAGGUCCAGAUGGCGAGUCGACGCCGCUCGACAUGAUGAAGAGACGGUCUGGUGCCAGCGCUUUCACAGGCGCAGCUUUGGGUGCCGAUGUCACGAUUCCGGCCUCCAGUGGAGCGAUGCCUGUCGACGACGAAGAAAUCAUGGAAACCGGCUCUCCAUCUCGGCGCUCGAAGAAACGCAAGUCACUUGAAAGCCACUCCGGUCGUAAGAAGCGCGGCAGAUCAGUGGUACAUGAGCAACCUGUUCCUGAACCAGAAGAGGAAGAAAAUGAGGUCAUUCACCAGUCGAUAGAGAUGCGAGAUGGAAGCGACAGCCCCAUGUCAUCGCCACUCUCAACACCCGCCCUUUCGCCUGUUCCAGACCAUAUACCGUACAGUCCUCCCAGGCAGUCCAGGCCCCCCAUCGAUCCUAACGACCCGGUCAACGCACCACCCGCAAGCGAUUCCUCAGAAGCUGAGAGCCCAGUGGCCUGGCCAUCACUCAACAACUUGACGCACCGGUCCUACAACAGCCGGCGAGCAGCACCUGUUUAUACAGAACGACUUCAGACUCCCGAACUGCUACCACGCCUAGGCGGCGGGCCAAUGGGGGCCGUAGACGCGGACAUGUCAUCCGAACUUUCCUCACCACCCUCACUCACACACUCACCAAACUACAAAGCCCCAAAUACUGCAAAGGCCUCAGCAGUCGUCGCCGCAGCAUUCAAAAAGGCCACCGGAGCUGCCAAGAAGCGUGAAGAGGAAAAAUUAGCAACGGAGGCACUGACAAGCUUGCUGCCUGCUCGACGGAAUCGCGCAAAACCUGACAAAAAGAACAAGAAGGGGAGGAACAAGGAGAACCCUUACGACAUCACUAGUGACGAGGGCUCCUCCUCCUCUUCUGAAGAUGAAACUGCCGCAGACGGUGACGAACUAUCAUACAUUGCCACCGCUGCCGCCAGGAAAAAGAAGGAAAAGGCGCUUAGUGCCGCAAAGCAGAAGCAGCUGAAAGAGAAGGACAAGCAGAAAAUGAAGCCGCCACUUGGUACAACUACCAAUGGCAAAGCCGCUGCCAAAUCCAAACCCGGCUCUUCGGAGCCAAAGCGAACGUACGGUAGAGCAGGCUCCGACAAGGAGAACGCCGAUGGUGCUGAUGCUUCGGGCGGUGGCAGAGAUAAGGAGCAGGAUGGUGAGGACGACGAUGAUGACCAGGAACCAGUUUCUGCAAUGGACCUUGGUGAGGCUGAAGAGUUGCCGGAAACGACGCAAAUGAUGACGGAGAGGCUGGGUGAAGAGCUGCAGAAGGCGGCGAAGAAGUUCAAGGAGGUGGAUAAGUGGGAGUUGUCGUUUGAGGAGGUUACGCAGCCGAGUUCGCCUAUUCCGGAUGCUAGGUGAUGUGGUCAUGUUGCAUUUACUGGGUUAUGGAGUUGGAUUUUCAUGCCGGGUGGUCUGUUUUUUU